UAAGGUUGGGAGGAGGAAAGAAAGAGAGAGAGAGAGAGAAAGUUAGUAAGGGAAGGUAGAAGGGCUAGGAAGAAAGAGAGAGAGAGAGAGAGAGAGAGAGAGAGAGAGAGAGAGAGAGAGAGAGAGAGAGAGAGAGAGAGAGAGAGAGAGAGAGAGAAAGAGAAAGAGAGCGGGUGAUGUCAACCCAGCUGUGCUCAGAAGGUAAACAGAGAUCCAGAGUGAAGCAUGCUUUCAGCGGGACGGGGACUGAAGUCGGGGGAAACCCACGGGGGAGACCCCCACGCUUCCCAAACACGGCACCCGCAACCGAGGGGCGCUGGACUGGCUCCUCUUCAUCCCCCUCCUCAUCCUCAGCUCAGUGCCCCUGGCUGCAGCCUGGCCGUACGACUACAGGUACCUGUAUAACCACUGUCCUGGUCCGGAGUGGAACGUCAUGUGUCGGGGCUGCUGUGAGUACGACGUGAUCCGCUGCAAGUGCCCCUUCCAGGGGACCCCGGUGGGCUACGCCGUGCCUUGCUGUCGCAACGCCAUCAACGAGUGUGACCCCUGCAUCAUACACCCAGGUUGCAGCAUAUUUGAGAACUGUAAGAGCUGUAACAAUGGGACCUGGGGCCCCAGAGAUAACUUCUUUGUCAGUGGGAAGUAUUGUGCUGAAUGUCGACCUGGCUGGACCGGGGGGGACUGCCUAAAAUGUGGAGGAGUCCUUCGUAAGCGCCAGGGUCACCUGGUUCUGGAAAGCUACCCCACCAAUGCUCGCUGUGAGUGGACCAUACAGGUAGACCAACUCUUCACCAUUGAAUUCAGGUUCAUGAUGCUGAGUCUGGAGUUUGACCACUCCUGUCGCUAUGACUACGUGGAGGUCCGGGAUGGAGACAGCAUCAACUCGCGUGUGAUUGGUCGAUUCUGUGGGAACAACAGGCCUGCUCCUAUCCAGAGCUCCGGGAACUCGCUGCAUGUCCUGUUUGUGUCAGACGGCUACAAGAACUUUGACGGCUUCUUCGCCACCUUCCAGGAGAGCUCAGCUUGCAGCUCGUCGCCAUGCGUACACGAUGGUACUUGUAUCCUGGACACAUCUUACUCCUUCCACUGUGCCUGUCUGUCUGGCUACACCGGGAGGAGGUGUGAGAAUGUGGUGGGAUGCCGCCGGCCCCCUGUGCCCACCCACGGGUCCACCGAGGGGGUGUUCCAUCACUCGGGGGCUCGCGUGGUGUUCCGCUGUGACCCCGGGUACGACCUCCGGGGCAUUCGGAGCGCCGUGUGCCUUGCCGACGGCACCUGGAGCGCCCCCGCCCCAAACUGCGUGCCCACAGUGAAGUUUUGUGCUAUCCCAGCCAAGCCAGCACACGGGGACCACUUCCUGGUUUAUGGGCCCAACGACGUUCUCAUCGCCCUGCAGUACCUGUGCUACCGACCCUACAAGCUGACAGGAACCCCUCAGAGAACAUGCCUGCACAACAACACAUGGAGCGGGACUCCACCCACUUGUGUUAAAGUCAAUAACACACUCGCUGAGCCUGACAAAGACAAAGGAAAAGGCACAGAAAAGGACAAAGAGAAAGUUCCAGAAACAGGCUCUGACAAAGACCCAGGACACCACACCGAAGAAAAGGAGGGAGGGAACAGAACGUCGGGUGAGGGAAGCGUGGGCCGUACAGACCCAGGGUCAGGCCACAGAAACAGCACCACAGCAGACGGCGAGGAUAAAUACAUAGAUACCAGUCUGGAGAGAGCCCCAGGGGGAGGCCGGGACAGAGAGGGUGGGGGUGAGGAGGAACCAGACAGACCCGGCAGAGUGGACGAAACCGAAACGGACGACAGCCUGAACGCAGUGGAGAGGAAAGACACGGAGGGCAAGCUUCCCCCAGAGACCCCCGCAGAAGAACACGAGACUCCAGAACCAGAGACAGGAAGAGAUGCGGAUCAGGAGAUAACCACAGACGUCACCGAAAUAGUGGUGUCCAGGGACAAGGGUCAAGGGGAGCGGGAGAGGAAAGGGGAGCAGACAGACGAGAGCGCACGCCCCGAUCAGAUAGGCCCCAACGACACCAAACAGAGGGGGGACACAUUCGAGAGGUACUGGGAAACGUCUGAGAUCACGUACGCCGAUAACAUCACCAAGCCGUUGGACACGAAUGACGUCGAAAGUUCCGGCAACAUCACAGAGACCAACUCCCUGAUCGAGGAGACCGCGCUUCCCCCGAGGAGCAACACAAGUCAUUACACGCCCUACAGGGCGGUAGGUCAGGACCUCGCCAAGCCCACAGAGAGGACAACAGGGAAAGACACCGCGGACAGCAACAGGGCCCAACCCGUUGAGGACGUGGUGGUGGAAGAAGCCGACGUCAAGACCAAAGAGAAGUCCGAGGAGGAGAAAGCGGAGAACCAGAGCUUCAGUGAUAAGGACUGUCCUCCACUCCCCCGCCUCUACCAUGGUUACCAGGAGCUGGUGCCGGGGUUGGUGCCAGAGACCGUGCAGUUCUUCUGUAACCAUUCCUACGCCCUCAGCAGCGAUACACGCCGAACAUGCCAACCCAACGGCACGUGGAGUGGAGCCCAACCCCUCUGUGUGAGAGCCUGUCGAGAGCCAAAGGUUUCAGAGCUGGUGAGACAGCGAGUCCUCUCUCCUCAGGCUCCAUCACGGAAGACUCCCGUACACAAGCUCUACUCCUCAAGACUGGGAAAGCAGGCCCAGUCUCCUGGUCCCACGAAAGGUCCUCCAGUGCUAUCCCAGCUUCCCCAAGGCUUCCACCACCUUUACACACACAUAGAGUACGAGUGUGCCUCUCCAUUCUACCACCACUCUGGAAGCGCACGGCGCACUUGCCUCAAGACCGGCAAGUGGAGUGGGCGUCAUGUCUCCUGCUCACCAGUGUGUGGAAAGCACCCGACCUUUGAUUCCCAGAAGCCGGAUGGGGCCCAGUGGCCCUGGAUGGCCGCCAUCUACCGACGCUCCUCCAACGCACCGGGAGCCCCGCCCAAGGUGGACAAGACCGCCGGCCUGACGGGGUCACUGAAGAAGGGGUCCGGAGGUGGGGGUGGAGGGGCCCGGAGCGGGGCCGAGGACGAGGCCUCUGACUGGCAGCUGGUGUGCAGCGGCUCCCUGGUGAACCAGCGCAGCGUGGUGGUGGCGGCCCACUGCGUGACCGAGCUGGGAAAGCUGUACCCUCUGGAUGCAGCCAAGUUGAAGGUGGUGAUGGGAAAGAACUACCGCAGUGAUGCCAGGGAGACCAAGGGCUUGCAGCACCUCAGGGUGGCGUCCAUCUCCGUCCACCCGAACUACGACCCUCUGAUCCUGGACUCGGACCUGGCCGUCAUCAAGCUGCUGGACAAGGCUCGCAUCGGGGAGCGUGUGCUGCCCCUCUGCCUACCCGACACCCAGGGGGGAGAGGUGAUCUCCAGGCAGGGUCUGGUGACGGGCUGGGCCCCCACGCCGGACCCCCGUAUCGGGGCUGAGGAGCAGGCCAGGGUGGGCGUGGUGCACCUGGCAGACGUGGUGCCCUGUGAGCAGCAGUAUGCUCGUAACGGCGUGCCGGUCAGCGUCACGGACAACAUGCUCUGCGGCCGCCAGAAGCCGGACUACAGCCCGUCGAACAUCUGCCCCGCGGACACCGGGGGCAUCCUCAUCCUCCCCACGCCCUCCGUCGACCCCGGCCACCAUCAGGACCCCUCUCUCGGCAGCACCGGGGGGCGGGAGGAGGGGCGGGGGGGCUGGAGACUCCUGGGGCUGGUGAGCUUUGGGUAUGACCAGGGAGAGUGUGACCCGGACCUCUUCACUGUGUACACACACAUAGCCAACUUCAAAGACUGGAUAGAGAGCAACAUGAAAUGAGAACAGCCCCACGGUCCCCCACCCCCACCCCCCUUCCUGUCCUCUUUCUCGCCACACAACAUCUCUCUUGUCUGUGUCCCUGCUUUUUUUUGGGGGGGGGGGAUCAUUUUCUACUUCCCUUCCGUUUCUUUCUUUCCUUCCUCCCCUUCCUCCUUCCCCUGUUAUGUCAUUCACUGCGAGUGUGACCGGUCAAAACAAGCAGUAACACUGGACUGCACAGUGCUAUGACUGUAGGGGGCGCUAGCACAGAGGACUUUGACCACUUACCUCUUUUUCCUUAGCACAGACCGACAGUGUUCAGGUCCUACAAGGCCCUGCUUCAGACUUGAAAGCGACCACAAGGCCAGAUUACCCAGUCCGCUUGGCCAAUUUGGUUUUCAUUUGUAUUCUUCGGUAUGUACAUAUAGUGUAAUGUAUCAUUCAGGCUCUUUAUAAGACUCAAGGGAUGUAUAUAUUGUAUAGAAAGGCAGCAAAGCUGUGAUGUUUCGAAUUAAAUAGUUGAGGUUGUGUGUGGAGACAGUGGAAUCUAGCUGUGAUUAUUCAAAAAUGAGUGUCCAACCAAUGGUAAUCGUUAUCAGGAGAAUAUUAUUAAGCUCUUUUGAGAUGAGAUAAGCGCUUGCCAUGUAAUUCAGGCGCACAUUUCGUCUAAACUAUUGACCCAGAGGAACGGUUUGAAUGGGCCUUUAUUCAGCUCUAUAUAAUUACACACUGCAUUCAAACCACCAAA